GCCUCAAACUCUUCACCAAGUGUAUAUUGGUAAAUGGAGGAAGGUGGAAAUGUAUCGUUCGGUUGGUGGUACAACUCCACCAAUGAAAACAUUUUUAGAUUUGCCGUUGCAUUUUCAGAAAGGAGAAGUUUCAUUUGGAGUGGGGUUUGAACCAGUUUUAGCCGAUUUGAGCUAUGCAUUCACUGUGGCUUUACGCAGGGCAAAGUUAAGUGUUAGGGACCCAAAUCCCUUUGUUGUCCCUCCAAAGAAAGAGAAAAGCUUGCCAUGGUGGGAUGAAAUGAGAAACUACAUCCAUGGAAAAACCACCUUAUCUUUCUCCGAGAUGUUGUUUAACAUCCUUGGCACAGCCGAUCCAUAUGAAAAAUCUGAAAAACUCCAAAUGUCUUCUGGGCAUAUCGAAAUCCAGCAAUCCGAUGGCAGGAUUUACAUUUCUGCAAGGGAGUUGAAGAUUUUUACAAGCAGUUUGGAGAGUUUGUUGAAAAACUCAACCAUCAAACCUCCAGCUGGCGCCCAGGGUCCUUUCUUCAUAGCCCCAACUCUGAUUCUUGAAGUUGCCAUGGAUUGGGGGUGUGACUCUGGCACCCCUCUUAACCAUUUUUUGUUUGCACUCCCGUCUGAAGGUGAAGCACGUGAGUAUAUAUUUGAUCCUUUCCGAUCCACUUCCCUCUCCAUGCGGGUUAAUUUGGCCCUCAGACCUCAGAAUCAAUCACAGUCCAAAGACACUUCAUUUGAUUCGCCUACUAUAAGUCUUGCCCCUCAUGAUAUUUCUUGGCUACUAAAGUUUGGGAAUUUGAAUUACCUCCCUCCUGUAAAACUGCGUUUUUUCUCUCGUUACCCUCGGUUUGGUGUCCCAAGAGUUGCUAGAUCUGGAAACUUGGCAUUAGAUAAAGUCAUAACAGAAAUUAUGUUUCGGGUUGAUUCAACUCCAACCCGCAUACGGCAUAUGUCUUUAGAUGAAAGUGAUAUAGCAAAAGGAUUGACUUUUAAGAUGUCAAAGCUAAAAUCCGAAGUGUAUCUAGGACGUGGAAAGCAAAAGUUCAGUUUUGAUAGCAGGCGUGAUCUUCUUGAUGUUGUUUACCUGGGUCUUGAUCUUCAUAUGCCUAGGGUGUUUCUGGAUAGGGAAGAUCCCACAAGUGUUAUCAAAGUUACGUCAUCCAAGACCACCUCACAAGAAAAAGUUGUAAAUGAUAAUUCCGGAGGGUUUUUAUUGUCGUCUGAUUAUUUUAUCAUCAGAAAGCAAUCCCCAAAAGCAGACUGUUCACGAUUAUUGGCAUGGCAAGAAUCUUGCAAAAAAAGUAUAGAGAUGAAAUUUGGGGCAUCUAUAUGUCGACGUGGAAGUGAUAGUGAUGAUCAAGAAAGGUCCGAUCCAAGUGAUGAUGAUGGAUAUAAUGUUGUGAUAUCUGAUAAUUGUCAACGGGUUUUUGUGUAUGGGCUUAAGAUCCUUUUGGCAAUUGAGAACCGAAAUGCAAUUUUGUCGUGGGGUGCUGAGUUAGGUAAAGCAGUCGCACCUCCAAAACCUUCUCCUUCUCGUUUGUAUGCCCAGAGGAAGCUGCUAGAAGACCAAAAUAAAACUGACCACCCGCUUCAAGAAGAUGUCUCCAACACCACCGCUUCUACUGAUCAAACUGAAACUGCUUCGCCCAAAUCAAAGGAACCUUCAAAAUCAGAUCAGUCUCCAUCACCUUCAAAUAACAUACAACAUCAAACAUUUGAUGAUAUCGCAAAACAUGUCAACGUAGAUGGCUCUCAGGAGGAUGAGGAGGGCACUUGUAAUUUCAUGGUAAAUGUUAUUGAGCCCCAAUUCAAUCUUCACUCCGAAGAUUUCAAUGGUAGAUUUUUGGUGGCUGCUUCUAGUGGGAGAGUUUUAGGCCGAUCAUUUCAUAAAGUUGUAAAUGUUGUAUUAGAGGCGAUUGAAGAAGCUAGUAAUGGUGAUGGGGAUGGAGGAUGUGUUCCUGAACUGAUAUGGAACCGGUCGGAGCUGUCUGUGAUGUUGGAACACGUGCAGGCUCAUGUUGCUCCUACUGAUGUGGAUCCAGGGGCUGGAGUCCAAUGGCUACCAAAGAUCAGGAAGAGUUCCCCAAAAGUAAAGCGCACUGGGGCUUUACUUGAACAGGUCUUCACCCCCUGUGAUAUGUACUUCCGCUUCACAACACACAAUGGUGGAACCGCAGAUUUAAAGGUGAAACCUUUAAAAGAACUCGCCUUCAAUUCUGAUAAUAUGACAGCAAUCAUGACAUCUCGCCAGUUUCAUGUUAUUCUUGAUGUUUUCAACAAUGUACUCUUGGCCAGACCACCAAAGCCUCAAAAAAGUAGCAUUCCUAAAUCAGCAGAAGAUGAUGAAGAGAUGGAGGAGGAAGCUUAUGAGGUGGUGCCUGCUGGUGUUGAAGAGGUAGAACUAGAAAGAGUUAAACUUGAACAGAAAGAACGGAUACAAAACUUGCUUUAUGAGGAUAUAAGGAACCUUUCUCUUCCAUCUGAUACCGUUGUAGAUGUGCCCUCAGAAAAGGAAGAGGAUAUACUCAUCGUAAUCACCACCAGACCCAUAUUGGUGCAAAUGCUUAGGAAAGAGGUCAUUAAUGCACAAAAAUCCAGAAAGGCUGUGGCUGCUUCUUUGAGGGUGAUUUUGCAGAAAGCUGCAGAGCAACAGCUAAUGGAGAAAGAGAAAGAGAAGAAUAAAGGCCCAUCAUGUGCCAUGCACGUAUCUUUUCAGUUGAAGAAAGUUGCAUGGAGCAUGCUCCUCGAUGGAAAAUCUAUUUCAGAGAUCGAGAUAAAUGACAUGAUAUACGAUUUUGACAGAGAUUAUAAAGAUAUUGGUGUUGUUAGAUUCACAAUUAAGUGCUGUGUUGUGAAAAACUGCUUGCCUAAUGCUAAAUCAGAUACACUUCUUGCCGCAUGGAAUCCUCCUUCCGAAUGGGGAAAGAAAGUCAUGAUUCGUGUAGAUGCCAAACUAGGCGCUCCAAAGGAUGGUGCCUCACCUAUUGAAUUGUUCCAGGCCGAUGUUUACCCCUUGAAAAUACAUUUGACUGAGACGAUGUACCGGAUGAUGUGUGGAUAUUUCUUUACGGAGGAGGAACAAGACAGCCACCGGCGGCAGGAAGUUUGGAAGGUCUCGACAACUGCUGGUUUAAGAAGAGGCAAAACCAAGGAAUUAGAGGGAUCCUCCAAAUCAACCACAACCGACCCCUUGGUAUUGGCAUCAAAGAAAGGGAAAGUAUCAGGCCAUGAGUUAAGGAGAAGCUCUUCUUUUGAUAGAACAUGGGAAGAAAAUGUAGCCGAAUCUGUGGCUAAUGAACUUCUAGAACAAAUGCAAUCCUUAGAACAGGAAGAGUUGAGUAAACCUAAAUCCAAGGACUCAAAAACUUGUGCAAAAUCAUCAAAAACUGGAAAACCUUCAAAACCUGGACAUGAAGAAAAGAAGGUAGGUAAACCAACCGACGGAAAGAAAGGCAAGCCUGAGGUGAUUAGAGAGUUUCAUAAUAUCAAGAUAAGUCAGGUGGAACUACUGGUGACUUAUGAAGGUUCAAGAUUUGCAGUAAGUGAUCUGAGGUUGCUGAUGGAUUCAUUCCACCGUGUUGAAUUCACUGGAACUUGGAAGAAGCUGUUUGCCAGAGUUCAAAAGCAUGUUAUUUGGGGAGUCCUCAAGUCUGUGACUGGAAUGCAGGGUAAGAAGUUCAAAGAUAAGUUGCAUAGUCAAAAUAAAGAACCAAAUCUAGCGAAUGUCCCAACACUUGAUCACGAUAGCGACAACGAUGAUGGCUGCAAAUCCGACAAUCAUGGUUUAGCUUUUCCUAAACGGUCUACUGUUGCUGCUGUUGAUGGAGCUGGUGAUGGAUUUGUUACCUCUGUUAGAGGACUAUUCUCGACACAACGCCGCAAGGCCAAGGCGUUUGUCCUUCGCACAAUGAGAAAUGAAGGAGAAGAGUCAAUGCCUGGUGACUGGAGUGAUAGCGACGAUUAUUCUCCUUUUGCUAGACAACUCACUAUAACGAAAGCAAAGAAGCUUAUCAAACGCCACACCAACAAGUUUAACUCUCAGAAAGGUUUUUCUUUUGACGGACUUCCAUUUUCACCGAGAGAUCACGAGGCAUCUGAAAGUGAUUCUUCGAGUGGUGAUCCUUUUGAGGAAUACCUCGAGUACAAGGCUGCCCAAGAAAAAGCUGCCCAAGAAAAUGAUGCCCUGGAAAACGCUCUUGCUGAAAAACCACCAUCCACACCAUAAUAUGGUUGUAAAUACAACCCAGGUUCAUCAAUUCAACGAACCAUGUAGAUAUAUAAACAAAUUAUAGUUUCUUUAUAUUGGUUUAACUGCAAUUUUGAUCUUUCUUUCGAUCUUAUAUAUGAGAGUUGUAUACGCGGAACAAAUUUAUAUGUUGUAGAUGUUCUAGUUACCACUCAAGAGGUUCAUGAUUAUGUAUACAUGAAAUUUCUAUAUUUAGAAUCAAAAUAAAUGU